UUUCCCAUCAAGUCGCGAAUUAAAACUCUUCCUUACUGAGCCGACAGCAUGGAAAGUUGGAUGCUAGCUCAUGCUAGUGGAUAACCGAGCUUAUUCUCAGUCUACAGGAGCAGUGUGUCUCAUCCAGCUGACCUCCAUCUUAUUCUUCAACCUCUAGUAAGUGUCAUGGCGAGCGAUCAGGACGUCGCAGCAGUGGGACGCAUCCUCGUGGACAGCCAGCAGGAGCUUCCUGCUCGAUUUCGGGCUCUGUUCACACUUCGGAACCUGGGCGGAGCCGAGGCGGUCAGAUGGAUCAGUGAGGCUUUCUCAGACGAGUCUGCACUUCUCAAGCACGAGCUGGCCUACUGUCUGGGGCAGAUGCAGGACGAGAGAGCCAUCCCUGUGCUGGAGGCGGUGCUGAGGGACACCAAGCAGGAGCCCAUGGUCAGGCACGAAGCAGGUGAAGCUCUGGGAGCCAUUGGGAUUCCAAAAGUGUUGGAUUUACUGAAACAGUAUUCAGAGGACCCGGUCAUCGAGGUGGCAGAAACAUGUCAGCUGGCGGUCAGGAGGUUGGAGUGGCUGAUGAAUGGAGGUAGUGGUGCUGAGGACUCGGAGGGAACAGACAGUAAUCCGUACAGCUCGGUGGAUCCGGCUCCUCCUGCGCAGAGGAAGAGCGUCUCAGAGCUCAGGACACAGCUGCUGGACGAGACCCUGCCCCUGUUCGAUCGCUACAGAGCCAUGUUUGCUCUCAGGAACCUCGGCAGCGAGGAGGCCGUGCUCGCUCUGGGAGAUGGCUUGCAGUGCAGCAGCGCUUUAUUCCGUCACGAGAUUGGCUACGUGUUGGGGCAGAUGCAGCACGCUGCGAGUAUCCCUCACCUGCGUGCCGCUCUGGAGAAUGAGGCCGAGAACGCCAUGGUGAGGCACGAGUGCGCCGAGGCGCUGGGAUCCAUCGGGGAGGACGCGUGUCUGCCCAUCCUGCAGCGCUACCGGCUGGACGGUGAGAGGGUGGUGAAGGAGAGCUGCGAGGUCGCGCUGGACAUGCUGGACUAUGAGAAGAGCGCACAGUUCCAGUACGCAGAUGGACUGCUCCGAGUAAACGCUGCUGCUCAGUGAGGCUGAAAUCAUUCCUGAAGGAAAUCUCUCGGAGACGAGAUCAGACUUGGGGACGAGAUCAGACUUUCUGAACCUGUUUCACAUGAUAUGAUUUUCUGGUUACUUUUAUUAUAAUCAGUGCUGUGUGUGAGACGGUUAAAGUAUAAACAAGUGAAGAGACUUGACAAUAUUUUCAAAAAGUUUUUCCUCUACAACUUUAUGCAAAUCUUUGCAUAAAAAUCUGCCUUAUUUAAUUUGUUUCUUUAUUUAAAGCCUGUGGUAUGUAUCUUCGCAUUAUUAAAAAAUAAAUAUAUAUAUAUAUAUAUACAUACAUCACAUAUACAUAUAUACAUACAUACACACACACACACACACACAUACAUAUAUAUAUAUAUAUAAAAUAAUCUUGCAGAAGACGCUGUUUUCUCAGCCUCCGAUGUAGAUUUAACGCUCACGCUGGAGGAUGAGUGAAAAACGACACCCUUGUCAUACAGGAUGCUCAGCGACGCUCGCAGACUCGAUGGAUUUACUACUCGGCUUCAAGCGUCUUCAACUCCCAACUUUCCCAAAUCCUCCAUAAUUUCCGUUCUGCAGCUUGAUGGAUAAUGUUGUCCUUGCAUAUUUCCUGAAAGUUCUGACAACCAGAGAUAAAAUCAUUUCAUUAAUAAAGUCAUGCAAUUCCUCAGUAUCAAGAAGAUCUGAUCUGAUUGGUUGGUUGCUUUGUUGUGGUUGUGCUUCCUGUCAUCAAAAUAAAUGGUAAUUAUAAAGU